UCUUGUCCACGACCGAUGUAGAGUACCUACCGUAUAUUGCGCAUUUCGUGUUUUAUAAUAAUAAUUUAAAUAAAUACAAUUUUUUACAUAGACAUUUUUCGUUUAAUAGAUUCAAAAACGUAUUAGCACCAAACAGACGAAGAUUUACAGCGGAACAUUUAAAACAAACUUUAAUUAGAGUCGAAGUGAUCGUCGUGUACGGCCAACGAGUAGAAACGUUUUGCGCAGAUAUGAGUUCACUUACGCAGCCGCCGCCGUCGUCUAUACAGACGCCUCAGCAGUACAACGUAGAACGAGUGUCGCCUGCCAUGGAACUCGGAGAAGGCCCGCACUGGUACUCGCCCACCGGCAGUUUGUAUUUCGUAGAUCUCCACCAGGGCAAGAUCAACAGAUACCAUCCGGAAUCGAACAGCCUCUUCAGCGCCAAGAUAGAGGGCUACAACGAUGUAACGGUCAUCAUUCCGAUCGAGGACAAGCCUGAUAUGUUCGUAGUCGGUCUGGGCGCUUCGCUCGGCAUAGUACAGUGGGACGGGUGUUCGAGUACAACGAGUCGGCCCAAGUACGAGAAACUGAUCGACGAGACACCGGGCAAUCGCCUGAACGACGGUAAAGCGGACGCCACUGGUCGAGUGUGGGUCGGAUCCAUGGGCCCGGAGAUAGAAGGCAACCCGGACCACUACUACAAGUACCGCGGUUCCCUGUUCUCGGUGGAACUCGAUGGCACCGUCAACAAGCGCUUGUCCAACGUGAGCAUCUCCAACGGAAUGGCGUGGAGUUCGGAUAACAAAGAGUUCUACUAUGUGGACACUUACAAGUUCGCGGUCGAGUCGUACGAUUUCGACAUAAGCACCGGAGAGCUAUCCAACGGAAAAGUGAUUUUCGACUUGACAGCCAAUAAAGUCGCCGGCGCUCCGGACGGCAUGACCAUCGACACAAACGGCAACCUCUGGGUGGCGUGUUACAACAGCAAUCACAUCUUGAAAAUCGAUCCCAAAACCGGCACGCUGUUGACAACCGUCGAAUUGCCCGCCUAUCAGAUCACCUCGGCCGCAUUCGGUGGACCGAAAUUGGACGAGCUGUACGUGACGACGGCCGGUUACCAGUUAACCGAUGAGCAAAGGGCCAAACGUCCGUAUUCAGGUGCUGUGUUCCGAGUGACUAACACGGGAUCCACCGGCUUCGAAGGCGUGUCCGCCAAAAUUCACGUGUAACCCAACUAUUUAAAUGGUUACUUUAAUCGUAUUUUCAGGUUAACAUAGGGACAAUUUAAAUAGUAUAGUUAUAAAUAAAUACUAAAUUGGUUUAGUUUACAACAUAUUUAGCUGUUUCAAUUUUAUAUUUAAUUCCAAUUCCAAUAAAACUACUUCAUUGUAGGAACUAAACAAUAUAGUUAUGUUACUAUUACAUAGGAUUUCUCUACCUAAAUAUAGUAUAGUUGGUGCAACCAAUAUAUUAGUUUAUAAUUAAUAUAAUCAACCUUUUGAAUUAUCAGAUUAACUUAACUGUUUAGUAAGCCCGACUUAAGUUUUAUUUUAUUUAAUUAUGCACACUAGUUAAAAAAAGUAAUGUUAACUAUUUAUUUCGUAAAUCUAAACCCAUUUAGUGGAUUAAAAUGUAUUGUUUGGAUCAUGAAAUUAACUAAAAUGUGUGGUUGGUCCAUCUUUAUUUAUUUUUUUAUUUUAUUUUGUGUAAGAGAUUAAGUUUACAAAUAUAGUAAAGUACCUAA